UGUACUCACUUCAGCCAUUUUGGUGAUUUGGGAGAGCCAGUGUAAGGAGAGAUAGCGCAGGUGAAAUCGUCCUCCAUCGCUCGAUAGCUGGACCUGUAGGUCAAACGGCCAAUAUGAGUGGAGGAAUACCGUACUUAGGAAGUAAAAUAAGCCUUAUUUCAAAGGCUGGAAUCAGAUAUGAAGGCAUUUUGUAUACCAUUGAUCCAAACGAAUCUACUGUGGCUUUAGCCAAAGUAUGCUCCUUUGGAACCGAAGAUCGUCCAACUGAUCGUCCAGUCUGUCCUCGUGAUGAGAUAUUUGAGUACAUUAUCUUCCGUGGCAGUGACAUCAAGGAUCUCCAUGUGUGUGAGCCUCCCAAACCACAGAGAAAUGUGGCCCAGAGUGCAGUCCCACAGGACCCGGCCAUUGUGAAGUCAUCUCAGCCCAUGCCUCCAAGUGGACAGCAGUCAUUCCAGCCUCCACCCAGUGCAUUCAAUGGACCUGCCUAUAAUCAGUUUGGAGGUCUACCGCCAUAUACUCAGAUGGCCCAGGGAGGAGCCGGGCCGCACUCUGGCAGUGGUUCACGUGGCCCCACCCCACCUCUUGCUCGUCGUUCUCCCUCUGUGGACCAAGGGACCCAAGUAAAUCUAAAUCCAGCUGCCAAGAAGCAUCCUGGUGGGUCUCGGGGUAACACACCCCCAGUAGGACACAGGACGCCUUCACCUGCCAACAUCCAGCAACAACAGCAGCAUUUUCAAGAAAAGGAGAACAAAGAGCCUGAUCAACACCAGCAGCAGCAUGGACAGCAUCAGUACCAAAGGCAGCGGUCUUCAGAACGUGGACGAGGGGGACGCGGGGGAAGAGGCGGACGCGGAGGAGAAGCUCACAGUGCGCCCCCGAUGCGCGGAGGUCCUCGUGGAGGUCACCGGGGAGGUUACAGGGGCCGCGGCGGAGGUGGUGGUGGUGGUGGGGGUGGAGGUCACGCCAAUCAACAGCCUGCCAAACCAAAGCAGCCUGUGAAGUUCGACACAGAGUUUGACUUUGAAAGUUCCAAUGCUCAGUUUGAUAAGGAGAAAAUUGAAGAGGAGCUGAAACAGAAGUUAACGAUACAUGACAAAGUCCCAAAUGGAGACAAGGAAGGCUCAGGGGACGAGGCUGUCGUGGAGGAAGAAGAGGAGGACGUCACCUGCUAUGACAAAACGAAAUCAUUUUUCGACAACAUCAGUUGUGAAGCAGUAGAGAGGGCAAAAGGUGUCAGCACACGGCCGAAUUGGCGUGAAGAAAGAAAAACAAAUAUUGAAACAUUUGGUGUUGGUUCUGUCAACUAUGGACGCAGGCGUGGCACGCGGGGAGGUUACAGAGGAGGUGGUGGAGGUGGAUACAACAGAGGUCGUGGUGGAUACAGGGGCGGAUAUGGUGGAUACAACAACAGGGGCCGGGGAGGUUAUAAUAACAGCUAUGGAGGUCGAGGAGGUAGAGGGGGAAGCAGGCAAGGUGGAGGAGGAUGGGUGGACUAUGAAUACACACCCAGGAAUAGACCUGCUCCUGUAAAGUCAUAGUAGAAGAAGGAAGAGGAAUGUAAUUUACUCAUAUUUUGACCAUGCUGAACAAGAAAACUGAUCUCUAUUCAAGUUCAGGAUGAAAAAUCUAAAAAAAAAUGGAUUGUAUGAAAUACCUUCACAUUUCAAGUAUUAGGAUUAAAAAAGUAUGAAUGAAUAGACACAAAUGUGAUAUUCACUGUUCUUUGCAAGGGAAAUAAGAAAUGAAAAGCAGUGUUUAACAAGUAUGUGCACAACACUGGGGGAAUGACGAAGCAUGCUGGGAGAACUUUUCUGUCUGUCAGAUUUUCAGGAAUGUGCACGAUAAUCAAUCUGAUUAGAUGACGUUGCUAUGAUAAUGCAGGCAGACAGGAGGUCACUGCAGAAAGAAUACUGAUGCUAUUUCAACUCAAAAACGCACCUUUGCAAUAAGAUUAGGUGUCCUCUGCCUUGCCACCAGAAUUGAGUGAUCCUCUCCUCUUCAAAUAGAUAGGAAUGAAGGACUCUCGUCAGAAUGGCUUGGAAAGUGAACAUACUGCCCCAGACAAUGUAGUUUUCUAUCCCCGCCAUAUGUUGAUUUAGUUUCAUUGCAUUUUGCGUAACAUUUUCUUUGUCUUAAUGAGGACUUGUGUAUGAAGUCCACUUCAGGCUCCACAUGGUUUAAAGAAAAAAACAAACCACCUCGUCACCUGAAUAAGUCAUUUUAGUAAGUGUGGCGAGGUUAUACAUGAAGUCAAAAUGGUCAGUUGUUCACUCCUGUGAGGCGGGGAAAAUGUGCCAUAUUACUGACACUGGGGCAUUUUGUUGUUGAUUUUGAUAUAUAUUGGGUGAACACGACGCAAAGACUUCUUGUAUCGGGGAUGCACAACAUGGCUCUGAAAAUUUAGACGUAAUAUCUACCACGAGGGAAAGAUGGGACUUGUUUAAAAAAAUGUGGUCACCUGAAGCGAUUUUAGUAAGCGUGAUCACAAAGGCACAGGGCGCUGCAGUUUUUGGUAGAUUUGAACAAUGAACCUUUUGUUGUCAUUUGAGAGCUUCAAGCUUGCUUAGGCAUUGUCCAAAUGACUAGACUGGCUAAAUGUCAAUUUGAUGUCAGAUACUGGAGAAAUACACUGUCAAAUAAGAAUUUGUUAUCAAAUCCAAGUGUUGCAGAAUAAGUAGUAAAUUAUUUGCAGAUAAAGACCUAGGCUCAAGUUACAAGUGGCGAAAAUAUAAAUUCAUUUUGCUUUUCUGAAUUUGGAUAGCUGUCCCCUUUCAUUUCACCAAGUUGGUCACCAGAAAUGCCGAAGAAAUUGCAAUUUUUUUGAAGUUAUUGAGCUAAUGAACUUGAAUUCUACAUUUUCCAGGCUACUAUAUGAAGCAUACACUCCCUUCCAUCUUUGUCAAGUGCAAUAGGACGGUGACCUAGAAUUAAGAACUUGGUGAACACUUUUGGGGAAAAUUUGAGGCUUUUUACUUGUGGUUGGAAAAAUGCAAAGUUGAGGAGAUAACGAGACAAUAAAAUACUAUUUGCUAUCAAGA